AUGACGAAGCUACAUCAGAUUUGCCUGCUUUGCUUCCUGAGCUUGGUUGCUCCUUUGGAAUCAGCAUUUCCUCCAAGUUUGAGGCACUCUACGCACCCUGCAACAACUAAUAAGAUCAAGGAUGUCACCCUUAGCUGUGAUUCAGAAAAUUUUAACGUGACCUUGAUGAUGCAGUCGCCCUUCAAAGGCAUGUUAUUUGCCAAAGAUUUCGCACAGGAAUGUAAAUCUAUAGGUACUUUCUCCAAUAGUGUGAUAAUCAGCCUUCCAACUUCGGGUUGUGGCGUGAGACUGAGUUCGUUUCCAACUGAAAACGGAAAUGUCCAAAUGGUUUACACGGUGAAUUUGGUUAUUCAGCAAGACAGGUUUCUGAGACAGAUCACAGAUCAAGAAAGAGUUAUCAAGUGCCCGCUGAAAGAAUCUGAUUUUUUGUUGAAGAGUAAUGCUCUUGUGAGGACUUUGAAGAAUGAACUCACAAGGGGACAGAUCAGUCACAGAGUUGGCCGGAUGAAAGAUGCUGGCUGGUCCAAAGAACUAGAAGGAAAGCAAUUGGAAGAUGAACUCAACGAAGCCUUGGCAUCAGCAAGAGCUUGGAUGGAGAUAGUACCAGAGGAAGUGGAAGACAGGCCUUCUGGUAUUUUGCAAGUGGGAGAAACUGCACGCCUCAGUGUAAAGUCAACUCUACCAGCGGGUAUUGGUUGGAGAGUAGUAGACUGCCAAGCCCACGAUGGUUUGGGAGAUUCCUCGCAAAAACUGAUAGACGCAGAAGGAUGUCCUGUAGAUGAACUGCUGAUGCCAUCUUUAACAUAUGGUCCCAUCAGACCGAUAGCUCUUAUGAGCCACCAAGAAGCCGUCGCCAGAUUUCCAGCUUUCAAAUUUCCAGACAGGGAUAGAUUGCACUUGUCUUGUGGAUUGCAGUUUUGCAGAGAAGCUUGCCCCAAGGUGGAUUGUUCCAGCGAAUCUUCAGAAUCGCGAGACGAGAAAACCUUGGAUUUUGCGGAUAGUGAUAUAUUGGACAGACUAGAAGUUUACAACAGCGUAGAAGUUGUCGCUCCAGAAAUAGACGACCUCGAACAGGGUGAUCGACUUCAAGCGAGCGAGGCAUUAAUGGCCUACUAUAUUUUUCCCAUACCUGACAUCAACGGCCCAGUAAAUGUUCCCAUAUAUGGGGGACUCUGCAUAAAAGUACACUGUGACUGGCAGCUGGUCCCAGUGCUGGGUGCCCAGCAAUCAUAUUCAGUUCCCCGGCAAAAGGCCAGUACAAACAUGCUCGACACAUUGAAUUUCCCAGCAUAUACAACAAUGAUGGGACUGUAA